AUGAAAGUAGUAAUGAUACUGCUCUCGGGACUUUUGGCAGUGGCUCUGGCACGACCAGAACCACCAAGAGGUCGCUUCCUUCUUCCACCACCGCCGCCGCAGUUGUCUCGCCAACAAGCACUACCGCAGCAAACCUACGGUGCUCCCUCUGCAGAACCACCGGCUAAGCAGUAUGGACCACCAGCACAAGAAUACGGACCCCCAGCUCAGGAGUACGGGCCUCCGGCUCAGGAGUACGGCCCUCCAGCUCAAGAAUAUGGACCUCCGCCUGAGAAGAUCGUCUCAAAAAAUAUCUACAUCCACGUUCCACCGGAAGAACCCGCAGAAUUCACUCCAAGCCAACGUAUUGAGGUCCCAACACCAAAGAAGCACUACAAAGUUAUUUUCAUUAAGGCACCAACACCUCCAACACCCACGGCUCCAUUCAUACCGGCACAAGUUCAAGAUGAACAUAAAACACUCGUUUAUGUGCUUGUUAAGAAGCCCGAAUCGCAACCCCAGGUUGUGGUACCACCACCAGCUCCAACGGAGCCAAGUAAACCUGAAGUGUACUUUAUCAAGUAUAAGCAAGAACCAACGCCUGCGCCCCAAUAUGGACCUCCGAGGAAUUUCUAA